CGAUUCACUCGAUCAUUUUUUGCACAUUUUCCACUUCCUGUGGCAAUCUAGCUUCCGAAAUCGCAAAUACGGGUCACAUACCGUGUUGAAUUCAAUUCAAGUCGUGCCCUUUUUUUUAUUAUGAGUUUAGGGUUGGUCAAUUUGACGAAAUACUGAAUGGUAUGUUACAGGUAGGUUUUGGGUGUGCAUGUGUUAGGAAAGCUGUUGGUGAUCUUCUGGGCUACUUGUAUUUAUGGGGGGACCAGGAGACGACAGUAAGAAUGACCCAAUUCUUGAAGUUAACGACGAAUUAAAGCAACAAGAUAAUAAAGGAGGAGCUGAAGGGAGCAGUGGAGGUAACAAGGCAAAAGCUGCAAUUCAGUCCACCGCUCGGGUUGGUGGGGAGAGAGAUAAUAUGGCUCCUGCUUCUGGGAAUUCAAUCCACCGCUCAGGUUCUCGACCGCAGCUUGAUCUAAGCAAAGCUGCCAUUCAGGGGAGUUCUGAGGAGAGGGAUCCUACUAUUCUGUUGCCUAAUCAGUCUGAUGAUAUUUCUCAUCUUGCCCUCGAUAUCGGCGGAUCUUUGAUAAAGUUGGUGUAUUUUUCACGACAUGAGGAUUAUUCAAAUGACGAUAAGAGGAAGAAGACUAUCAAGGAGAGGUUGGGUAUAUCCAAUGGGAACAGGAUAAGCUACCCUGUUCUUGGUGGGAGACUUCAUUUUGUGAAGUUUGAGACAAACAAAAUAAAUGAGUGCUUGGAUUUCAUCCAUUCCAAGCAACUUCAUCGCAGAGAAUGCUAUCCAUGGAAUCCCAAGAACCUACCUUUGGGAAGCGGUAUUAUCAAGGCCACAGGGGGUGGGGCAUAUAAAUUUGCAGACUUGUUCAAGGAAAGGCUGGGCGUUAGUAUCGAGAAAGAAGACGAAAUGGAUUGCCUUGUUGCUGGAGCAAAUUUUUUGCUCAAGGCUAUUCGGCAUGAAGCCUUUACUCACAUGGAGGGUGAGAAAGAGUUUGUUCAGAUAGAUCCUAAUGACUUGUACCCGUAUCUUCUUGUUAAUGUUGGAUCUGGUGUCAGCAUUAUCAAGGUUGAUGGGGAAGGCAAGUUUCAACGUGUCAGUGGGACUAAUGUUGGUGGUGGCACCUAUUGGGGCUUAGGAAGACUUUUGACGAAGUGCAAGACCUUUGACGAGUUGCUAGAACUCAGUCAGAAGGGAGAUAAUAGGACCAUUGACAUGCUUGUCGGUGAUAUUUAUGGUGGUACAGAUUACUCUAAGAUUGGCCUCUCUGCUUCGACAAUAGCUUCUAGUUUCGGCAAGGCGAUAUCUGAAAAUAAGGAAUUGGAGGACUACAGACCUGAAGAUAUUUCCUUAUCUCUUUUGCGAAUGAUUUCAUAUAAUAUUGGGCAGAUAUCUUAUUUGAAUGCCCUCCGUUUUGGGCUUAAGCGGAUAUUUUUUGGAGGAUUCUUCAUUAGGGGUCAUGCAUAUACCAUGGAUACAAUUUCUUUUGCUGUCCAGUUUUGGUCAAAAGGAGAGAUGCAAGCAAUGUUCUUGAGGCAUGAAGGCUUUCUGGGUGCUUUGGGUGCAUUCAUGAGCUAUGAGAAGCAUGGCUUGGAUGAUUUAAUGUCGCAUCAGUUGGUUGAGAGGUUCCCGAUGGGUGCACCAUACACUGGAGGAAAGAUUCAUGGACCGCCUCUUGGCGAUCUGAAUGAGAAGAUUUCAUGGAUGGAGAAGUUUGUGCUUAAGGGAACUGAAAUCACUGCUCCUGUGCCAAUGAUUCCUUCGAAAACAACUGGACUCGGAGGAUUUGAAGUUCCCUCAUCCAGAGGUAGUGCUCUGAGAUCUGAUGCCAGUGCGUUAAAUAUUGGUGUUCUCCAUCUUGUUCCCACAUUGGAGGUUUUUCCAUUGCUGGCUGACCCGAAAGCGUACGAGCCUAACACGAUUGAUCUAUCAGAUCAUAGUGAACGAGAGUACUGGCUCACUGUGUUAUCAGAGCAUUUGCCAGACCUCGUUGACAAGGCUGUGGCAAGUGAAGGUGGAACUGAGGAUGCCAAAAGGCGUGGUGAUGCUUUUGCUCGUGCUUUUUCUGCUCAUUUAGCAAGAUUAAUGGAAGAGCCAGCAGCAUAUGGAAAGCUGGGCUUAGCAAAUCUUUUAGAACUCAGGGAAGAAUGUUUGAGGGAGUUCCAAUUUGUCGAUGCCUAUAGAAGCAUCAAGCAAAGGGAGAAUGAGGCCUCGCUUGCUGUUUUACCUGAUUUGCUUGAGGAGCUUGAUUCUAUGAGUGAGGAAGCAAGGUUGCUUACGCUUAUAGAAGGUGUUCUAGCUGCAAACAUAUUUGACUGGGGAUCACGGGCAUGCGUGGAUCUAUAUCAUAAAGGCACAAUAAUUGAGAUAUACCGAAUGAGCCGUAACAAAAUGCAGAGACCGUGGAGGGUAGAUGAUUUUGAUGCUUUCAAAGAAAGGAUGCUGGGUUCUGGAAGUGAGAAGCCUCAUCCACAUAAAAGAGCUCUGCUCUUUGUUGAUAACUCGGGAGCAGACAUCAUUCUUGGGAUGCUUCCACUUGCCCGUGAAUUUCUCCGGCGUGGGACUGAAGUUGUGUUAGUUGCAAACUCUCAUCCUGCUCUAAAUGAUGUGACUGCUAUGGAACUUCCCGAUAUUGUGGCUGAGGCUGCCAAGCACUGUGACAUCCUCCGGAGAGCGGCUGAAACGGGAGGCCUACUCGUGGAUGCGAUGAUAAAUCCUUCGGAUGGCUCGAAGCAGAAUUCUGCUUCACCGCCAUUGAUGGUUGUUGAAAAUGGAUGUGGAAGUCCUUGCAUUGAUCUGAGGCAGGUCAGCUCUGAGCUUGCAGCCAUGGCCAAGGAUGCUGAUCUUAUUAUCUUGGAAGGAAUGGGAAGAGCACUUCAUACCAACUUCAAUGCUCGCUUCAAAUGCGAGGCUCUCAAGCUAGCGAUGGUGAAGAAUCAGAGGCUGGCGGAGAAGUUGAUAAAAGGGAACAUAUAUGAUUGCGUAUGCAGAUACGAGCCUCCAUGUCGCUGCUAACAGUGUAUGCAAAUAAUCGCAUCAAAUCAUUAUUGGACCGUUGUAAUGAUAAUGGUAGAAUAAAAGUGUAAGUUAUGCCCCAUUCCAUCUUCCUGUAUUAUACAGUGAUACGAUUAUUUUAAAAACCUUGGAAUUGUACGAACCUCAUGAACAACGCAUAAUGUCUCUUUAAUUCUGUAUUU